UACAAAUGCAAUACUCAAACUUCCCCUUUGCAAUAUACCUGUAAGAAAAUUAUGUAAAUUUUUAUUUUAAAAAUUCCUAUAACAACUGUCAGAAGCAUGUUAAAAUAUAGCGACAUAGUAGAGUGAAAAGAAUUCACAUAGAACUAUGGAUAUUGUUACGCAGUGUUUGAAAGACAACAUUUACGUUGCAAUGUUACGAAACCGACUGUUGGGACAAUUUUUUUGGUGAUAACAUUUUCAACGAAAAAAAAAAAAAUUUUUAUAAUACGUUUAGUCUUUCUUCUAUUCUAGAAUUACGAACAUUAUGCUAGAUGAACUCUAUAGUAUUUUACCAAGAUGAAACUCUUCCACAUUUUAGCCGUGAAGUCUGUAAUUUUUAAAGAACAUCUCUUCAAAUAAGUGCAAUAGGUCAGUUGACCUGAUGUGACUCGAUGAUUUUUCUUAGAAACAUUUUUGCAAGACAUCGGUUAAAGAUCUCAUUAAGUUAGAUAUGAAAAUUCAUAAUAAGGUCAAAAAAAUUUCAAAAUAAAAAUUUGUGUAACGUUUUUUACAGAUAUAUUGCAAAUGGGAAGUUUUUGAAAUGAAACUAGAAAAAUCUCAAGUAAACCGCUUGACGAGUUAAAGAGAUAAUCACGUUUCUUUUUCGAGCGAACUUUUGGAAACAUCCUCUAUAAGGAUAAACAAAUCGGCAAAGAAAUGAACGAAGUUCAUAAUACUUUUCUCAUUUGUUAAACAGAAAAGAAACAAGUAGAUGCACAUAGAUACGAGUGAAUUGCAACUUUUGUAGUAUAUGGUAAUAGUUUUCCAACACAUUAUUCUUUUUUUGGUGGAGAUAUAAGAUACUUCACCAGAAAUACACUGUUGACAAUAUAAAGAUCAUCACUGAUUCACUGAAACUCAACGUAAUAAAGCUACUUUAUAUUUGCUUCAAAGAAAAAGUUCCUUCUAUCAACUUGUUUUCCGCCAAACACUUCAAGAAUUUUUUAUUUCUAUAUAAUUUGUUAGAAAAUUGAUUACUCUAUCUAACAUAAAAAAUAGUAUAAAACUAUUUCGAAUAGUGGGAGAAACAUAGAUUUUACUGCUGGAAUUUUAAACAUCUUAUUUAUCAAUAAAAUCGAAAAUUGUUGCUCUAUUCAGGCAUAUAUUAAUGAGCAAAGAUUAUAAUCAUUACAUGAAUAAAAGCUAAACUCCCCCCCAGAAUAGAAGGCCACCCCAGAAUAGAAGGCCACCCCCAUUAGAAGGCCACCCCUGAGUCAUAUUUGCAAAAGUCACAUUAGAAGGCCAUGGCUUUCUAAUGAAUUGUUUGGAUAUUACAUAAAUAUUCUGUGCUAGUUUUAUAAAUAUCUUAGCAUUUUGAGAGAUCAUGUAUGAUCUCCACCGCACUCCUGUUUGGUUUUGCUAUAAAUUUAAAGAGGUAUGUUCAAUUUCCAAAAGCUGUCAAAACAAAACAAAGUUUAAUAUGCCUAUUUGAUCGCUUCAAUUCUUUUGCUUUGGUACGAUUACAUAUCUUUUGAAUACAUAUAAAAACUUUUUUUGUUCUUUGAAGUAUUUGUGGUGCCAGACAUCGGAUAGGUAUACUAAUAUUUGUUGAUUAAAUAUAAUACCCAUGUAGCCGAUAAUGGAUGAAUAAUGGAAAAUGAUCCAUUAUUUUCCAUUAUUUGAAGAAAAACAUGAAUUAAUGCAUUAUAAUUAAUUAUUUUUUGACUUUUCAAUGCAUUUCAAUGCAUUAUUUCUAAUAAUGCUGAAAAUGAAGGAUAAUGCCUAAAUUUUCAAUGCAUUGUAAUGCAUUAUUAUAAAAAAAAAUGCAUUAUGAUGCGUUGAUAAAUCAAUGUAUUGCAAUGGAUUAAUUAAAAAUAAUGCAUUAUAAUGCAUGAAAUAGGUUGCAUUAUCAUGUAAUUGCAUCCAUUGCAUUUCUAUUGUAAAAUAAUGCAUUGCAAUGUCCAUUAUUUCAUAAAAUUGGCUACAUGGGUAAUAUGUAAUGAAAAAGAAAACAUCAGUUUGUACGUCGGUCACUGGAGAUGGUUUACAGAUAGCAUUAGCUCAAAAAGUCUAAACAAAUUUCAAUUUUCAGUUGUCGAGCUAGAAAAACAGAAUCAGCAACUAACAAAAAAAAAUUGUAAUUUUUUACCAUAAAAGUCCUAUUAGAAGGCCACCCCUAAUAGAAGGCCACCCUGAAAAGAGCGAUGUGAAUUUCCAUAAUAGAAGGCCAUGGCCUUUUAUUCUGGGGGGGGGGUUUACGCGAUCAGAAUAAAUACUUCAAUUUUUUACAUCAAUUGUUUGGUGAGAAAACCAAGACAGUAUACAGAGAAAAAAAUGUUUUUUUCCUUCAUUUCUCAAAAUUCAUCUAGUUUCUUAUCAAGAUAUGAAACAAAUAACCCUUGUCGGCAGGACUGACUUAACCUUCGACUGAGUUCAAUCUUCUUAUCAUUUUCUCUGUUCUGCUCUCACAAUCAUUGUGCAAUACAUGCACAGACGAAAAACUAUCUAUAGUAUUUUCAGCGACGACUAUUUUGUAAAAGAGUUUUACUUAAUCAAACAGCUCGCAGUGCAUUGUCAUGAUUGAAUUAAACUCAUGCACUAAUUCUCUUACAGCGUAGUCCGAGCAUAUUUGUUCUUCCUCUCAAAUUGGCCAUAAGUCUUUUGGUCGAUGUUUCUUUGACUCCGACGCUCUUUUAAUCCUGACACAUAGAAACUUAUUUUAUUUCAUAUGAUCCUUCCUUAAGUCCAGGAAAUAUCGUUAAUUUCUCAAAAAAUCCGUUCCUGAACUCAAAAAAUUCAACUCAAAAUUAUGAGAAAUCGACUUUCGUAGACCGUUAUGAAAAGAAAUUCACCUUUGAUGUUUUUUUAUCCUGCCACAAAACAGACCGACAGACAAACUCUUUUCAACUCUUUUCACAUCAGUCUCCCUACAAUCGAGGAACAAAAAAAUAUAUGUUUAUACAGCAUAGCUUUUAAAUUAAUAUAACUGAUCAUCGUGUUGGCUUCCUCGAUAAUCUUAAACAAAAACCAUAAAAAAACAACGAUUUGAAACCUGAAUGACGUUGAAAAAUGCUUGUCAGAAAAUAAGGCACCGAUUCUCCGAACCGUGAUCAGCUCUAUCUGAAGUAAGAAGGAUUAUUUGGUGCACUCUGUGAUACAUUAUUGACUGAAAUGAUAUUCCACAUUGUGAUCCUCGAAUUCACUAAUCUUGAGGAAUUAUUGAUGGACCCGAGUUCUACAUUCUCAACAACAUUAAGUCAACCUUUAUGAAAAAUCAUAAUUUUCUUAAAGAAUCAUUUCUUCAGUGAAAAAAAUCCUUUCGAAAAUUUUCCAAAAACCAAUACCAUCAAUCGAUUCCUGGACGCCGAAACCCUUUAGUCAAAGUUGACAAGACAUCAUUGUUUUCCUUGAAAAAGGGUUCAAAAAAGUGCGCUUCUCAUGUAAACUUCAAACAUGGAGCUCACUUACCCAUCGACCAUUUCCCAAUAAAACGCAAUCUAUGUUUUCUGGUUUAUCGCAGUAAGAUCGCAUUCCACUGAGAUACUAGCUCGGGAAUUAUAACUAAUGUUCACUAGAUAUAUAGUCUGGGAUCUCAGGGCUUCCAUUGGGAUGCUAGUAGCGUUACCUAAGAUGCUAUCAACAUCCCAGUUGAUGCUCCUAGCAUACCAAUUGAUGCUAGCACCAUCCCAGGCGAUACUAGCGCCAUCCGAGGUGGUUCCUAAAAUGAGCUCCUAAUUUUUAGUUUACGUAUUUUGGAGCACAGUUUUUCUUUGAGCUAAAACAAGCCUUUUUUCACUAAAACAUCUAUCUGAAAGUUUUCAAAAAUCAAUGGUACCAAUUGAUUCCUCAACCCCAUAAAACUUUUUCUCAAGCUAUACCGGAGCAGCUGUAGAAAAGAAAUGAGCAUUAUUGCUACAGACAAUGUUUUUUUUUCACCUUGACACAUACACAUAUACUGGAAGAUUUUAUUUCAGAUGACUCUUCCUUCAGUCUAGAGAAUAAGUCAAAAGGAAACUGUACCGUUGACUAGUGUAAUCAAUGCCCCUUGGAAAUGAUAUAGAAAGAAAAAAAGUGCUGAAAUUUUGAAAGAACACAAAAAAUUGAUGAAUAUGAGAAGAGAAAGAGAGAAACAAGAAAGACUUCAAACUCUACAAAAAGAACUAUUCAUUAUCUUUUUUUCUUUCUUUUCCUGUUUGCAAAAUUUUGUUUUCUUUACAUAUAUGAAAUCGUAUAUGGAAAUCUCCUUAGAAUUCUGAAAGCUUAACAUUUCAGAUAUUAGAAAUAAUUAUCGACACAAAAGAAUUGUUACAAAGUUCUUUUCUUAUAGACUAAAUCACGGAAAGUACUUUCUCGUGCAUGAGAGACAAAAAUCUCUUCGAUAAUGAUGAUUCAUUUUCUUUGUUUAUUGUAGUUACUCCCACUAUUCCAAUUAAUGCUCAAUGGUCACAAAAUGGAAAGACCGUUGCUGGAGGGAAUGGAGAAGGCGAUGCCACAAAUCAACUCCACAAGCCUUUCGGUCUCUUCGUUGAUGAUGAUCAAACGAUGAUCAUUGCUGACUACGAGAAUCAUCGUAUUGUCCAAUGGAAGAUGGGUGAUACGAAUGGACAAGUUGUAGCUGGUGGCAAGGGCCAAGGAAAUCCCUUAGAUCGAUUGAAUUAUCCAACCGAUGUGCUAAUCACCAAAGAAACUGAUAGUCUCAUUAUUUGCGAUUCCGGAAAUAAUCGAGUCGUACGAUGGUCUCGUCGUAGUGGCACAACUCAAGGAGAAAUCCUCAUUGACAACAUCGCUUGUCGAAGAUUGUUCAUGGAUGAUCAGAGAUAUCUCUAUGUCUCUGACAUCGAAAAACAUGAAGUAAGACGAUAUCAAAUAGGAGACAAGAAUGGAGUUAUCGUGGCUGGUGGAAAUGGUAAAGAUGCUGGUCUCAAUCCACUCAACUUUCCGACUUUCAUCUUUGUCGAUCAACAACAGACUGUCUACGUGUCAGACAACAACAAUCAUCGUGUAAUGAAAUGGAAUAAAGGUGCAAAAGAAGGCAUUGUCGUCGCAGGAGGUCAAGGUGAAGGGAAUGCUCUGACACAAUUGUCGUAUCCUGCCGGACUCUUCGUCGAUACAUUGGGUACCAUCUAUGUGGCAGAAAUAGGGAACGAUCGAGUGAUGCGUUGGCCUAACGGAGCAAAACAGGGUACUGUCAUUGUAGGUGGAAAUGGCCGAGGAGCAGGAGCAAAUCAGUUCUAUAAUCCGCAUAGUUUAUCAUUCGAUCGACAUGGCAAUCUUUAUGUCGCCGAUUUCAAUAAUAAUCGUGUUCAAUUUUUUUCAAUUUAA